AUGGCAUUCGAUUUAUUGCAAUAUUAUGCAUAUGAAUUUUACGAGCAAUUAGCGCCAUAUGCAAAAGUUACUAUAAUUGGCGGAAUUAUCAUUGCAUUUUAUGUUCCAUACAGAUAUUUGAUUACACGAAAACGCAAAACACCAAUUAAAAAUAAUUACAAACAAGGCAUGGUUUAUUUAUAUCAGUUCCCACGAGUAAAACACAUACCUAAUAUUUCACCAUUUUGCUUAAAAUUGGAAACCUGGCUUCGUAUGGCUGAUAUACAAUAUGAAAAUGUAUGUUCUUGGAAAAUACGUUCGCUGGAAGGAACAUUACCUUUUUUGGAAUAUAACGGUAAAGAAUAUCCGGAUUCAGCACUUGCGAUACGAGAUAUGACAGCAAUCUUCGCCAAAGAAUCAAUGGAAAAUCAUUUAAAUGAUGAGCAAAAAGCAGGAGCUCGAGCAUUUGAAGCAAUGGCUGAAAAUUCAUUAGCAAUGACCGUUGGCUAUUUCCGAUAUAUGGAACAUUUCGAUGAUCUCUUCGAACAAUUACCAAAUUAUGCAUUUGGCACUUUAACAUCAAUUUUGAAAAUUUUAUUGAAGAUGAUCGUUUCGUCAAAUGUAUGUUUUUCAUAA